AUGAAUAGAUAUGAGCGUGAUCGAAGUCCCACUCCUGAUCCUGAUAUUGUCAAGGGUUCGUAUUCCCAAACGUCACUUAGGUCAAUACAUGAACUUAACUAUAAGCAGCCAACUGGCAUAAGCGAGCACAACUUUGUGGGAAGUCCGCAACAGUCGGUGGCAUCUUUGUCACAAAUGCGGCUGGAAAAUUUGACUAAGGACAAACAUUGGGAGGAAGUGGAAGACUUUGGGCUGGAAGAGUUGAGAGACGGGUUUUUCGAUGCUGCUUUUACCAAACCAGAUGGCAAAGCUAGAUUUCUUAACAGCGGUGUUGAUGACGAGAUAGGCUCUGCAGGGAAAAAUUUGCAGUCAACUUUUGCCAAGUUUUCGCAAUACAUGUGGACUGUCAUCUACAGGCCGAUCGUCCAUUUUCCUAGGGAUCUCAGGGAGAAUGGUGUAUCUAUAUUCAAGUUUUUCAUUGCCUAUUUCAUUGCAAUCGUGAUUUGCGUUAUCAGACCUUCUGGUAAGUGGAUUGGCCAUGAGUUCAGAUAUUUCCUCCCCAUCGCAGUGCUUAUACAUCAUCCGGUCAGAAACAUUGGUGUUCAGUUGGAAAUGACUGCAAGCUCCAUAAUCGGUGCAAGUUUUGGCCUUGGAUGGUCUGCUUUGGCUUGGUACGUUUCUACAGCGACAAAACCAACUGCCAAUUACCAAGGAGGUAUUUUAUUUCAAAGUCUUACCAUGGCCCUCUUGUUUGCCAUUUGGCUAAGGUCCAUUUAUCGUCGGUUUUUCUAUUUCACAACUUCGUUUUCCAUCUCAAUUAUAUUCACCCAUACAGUUCGUUUGGCCUCGUCUAAGCUUGAUUUGAAAUGGCAGAUAUUUUGGGAUUUUGGAAUUUCCUACCUAUUUGGCCUUUUACUAUCCCUCUUGGUUUGUGUCUGUGUAUCACCACACAGUGGUAAUGCCGAAUUGAUGGAACAUUAUAACGAGUGUCUACAAACUUCAAAGGCUUUUUUAAUGACGUUAGUAGAUACUGAGUUGAUCAAAUCCAAAGAGAAAGUACACCUGGCCCAAGUAAAAAUGGUGAAAACCCUAAAUAUUGAUCUAUCUCAAGGAUUUAGGGAUUUCGUUAAUCAAUUGACAAUUUCCAGAUUUGAUCUUCAAUCUUUGAAGAGCUUAAGAAAUUCCCUAACUGCAAUGGAAACUUCUCUAAGAGUGUUGCCUAUUGCUCCGAAAAUUUUCAAUGAUGUUGAAUUGAAGAAAAUGUAUCAAGAAUUGGAAAAGUAUAGAUCAGACUCCAUUAGUCCAAGCAAAGAGGCAAGUGCCAGUUCUGAAUCUUCGGCCGUUCCAACAAGAGAAAAUACGCCCAACGCCUUCAAACCAGUUGGCUCGGGAUUCUUGAAGAAUGAGAUCUACAUCAAUGCCCUUAAAGCAUCCUUUUCCAAAAGCAUCUUCAAUUUAAUACUGGAGAUGAUCUUCGUUCUGGAGAAUCUAUCCAGAGUACUAAAAAAAUUCGAAUCUCCACAUCAAAAAAAUAAUUUGGAUGAAUGCGUUAAGAUAUUGUGUCACUCACAUUCUAAAUUAAAGAGGAAAAUCUAUAAACUAGAUGUUUGUUACAAGGAUUUCGUUAAUUCUAGUUUUUUUUCACAGGAACUGUUAAAUGAUGAAGAGUCUGUUGACAUUUUUCUUUUUUUAAGAUACCUCAGAAACUCCGCAAGGCAAUUAGUCACUGUCAUCCAUGACUGUCAAGUUCUUGGCGAAAAUAUUCACUGGAGAAUAGCUCUUCCAUCCUAUCCGCUCUCUCGUGCUCUGACGAGAUUACCCAAACAGUGUGUUCUCGAUGAAGGUGCAGGGAAUGUUCUCCAUUAUUUUGAAGCCAAACGUGACGUCGAUGAGAUAUUUGAAAGGGUUUACAACACUUACACAUCUAGACAUAAGUAUAACAAAGGCGAAGAGGAAUUGAAACUCGAUUCAAAAGACGGUGACAAAAAAUCGCAGAGCGGUAAUAACCAUGUCGUUUCUAUAAGAGCAAUUGAUCACAAUGACUUUAACUUUCAUACUACUCAAAAUCCUUGGAGGUUUAAAUUAUGGAAAUUAAGCAGGGUUUUAUCUGGCGAUGAGUGUAAAUGGACGUUAAAAGUUACUUUUUGCAUGAUAUUUUUGUGCUUACCAACUUGGUUGCCUGAAUCCUAUCGCUGGUAUCAAGAAUACCAUUGUUGGUGGGCGCCGCUAACAUUUUAUUUGUUAGCACAUAGAAGGUACUCGGGUAAAUGGACGCUGGUAAUGAGAAGACUAAUCUGUGGAAUAGUAGGUAUCUUUUGGGGGUGGGCUGCAAACCAAUCCAGACAUUUCGGUAGCCCAUACGUGAUUUGUACAUUUGCCGGACUGAUCGUGGUUCCUUUUAGCAUCAACUUUCUUGUCUAUAGAAAUACCAAAUCGAGCUUCACUGCGCUAAUGUGCUUUACAGUGAUUGCUCUUGAACCGUACAGCAAGCCUGAGAGACAGUAUAAUUUAACCACCGCUGGAAUAUGGAAAAGUACGUGGGUUACCGGAUUAGCACUUAUAAUCGGGAUAUUGGUUUCCAUUCCAAUCAACUGGAUAGUGUGGCCCUUUAGAGCUAGAACAGAACUAAGAGAUAGUAUUUCAUCCUUACUAGCACAUUUGGGACAAUCUUACCAAACUGUGGCUGACCGUUAUUUAUACAGGGAUGCAGACGAUGCACCCACUGAUUUAACUUUUGCCUUUUCUCACAUUCGUGAAGUCAGACUGACUCAAAGCCUUGAAGCAAUUAGAGAACUUUUGAAAAAGGCACGUCAAGAGCCGAUUAUUAUCUCCAACUUUAAUCCUGACAAGUACUCAAGUCUGAUAGAUUCAUGUCAAUUCUUGUUAUCCAAGAUAAUUGAAGCUAGAAUCUCAGGUGCUUUUUUUGAAAUUUGGGACCAGGAUUUUGAUAUUGAAACUACGAGAGCUUUACUAUCGUUACGGAGGGACAGUGUUUCAUCAGUGAUUUUCAUUUUUUACAUCUUAUCCAAUUGUUUCAGGUCAAAAAACAAGAUCCCGCGAUACUUACCAAAUCCAAUUAUGUCACGUAAAAAACUUUACCACUUCAUUAAGAAGUUCAGUGAAAUGAAGGACCAAUCACAUUCAAAUAUAAACUCAGGAUGCAACUCCAUGGAGAAGAAUCUAUUUAAGAAAAUAUACCACCAGAAGAUUUCAAGUUCAGGGCAACAACAGUUACCACUACCCUCUGUUGCCAACAGCUCUGAAAUAGAUAGUGAGAAAAUGCAUUGGACCGAAGUUCAUGGCAUUGCAUUUGCAAGAGCUUUUACGGAUAUUUCCGAAGCUCUGUACCAGGUAGAGAGCUGUGCAAAAGAUAUACUAGGCGAAGAAAAUUUCUAG